UCGUUCGAGAUCGUAAGAGAGUGCAUUACAUUGCAAAGUGUUCUACGGUAUUGACGUUGAAACGAACCCAUCCCUGAAUUUAGUGCUCCCAGGAUUGACGUUCAGCCACUCUGUUGAUUGCUCUGACAAUGCCGUAGAACGGCUUGGAAUGCGUAUUAGGACGUUUCCUGGACAGAUUUAGUUGUGUUUCCAGAGAGCCUUGCUCAAUCAGUUAUAUACCAAACGUUGUCAGAAUCUCUAGUAGACGAUGGCAUCCGCCCCCGUGAGAGCCCUAUCCUCUCAGUCAUCGAGGUUAAGUUCCCGCCCAGUCUCGGAUCCCGAGGAUAGGCUGGCCUUUUUUUCGUGUCAGCAAUGCAUGCAAUCCAUUCGAAUCCAUCCAUCGUUCUACACCAUGAAUGAGCACACUCUAGCCGAGCUGACCCUGCCCCCCGUGAAUCCCAUGCCUCAGUUUGAUUUCGAGCGGGCUCGUCGGGAGGCGGACGAAGCUGGCCACGAAAUCCACGGUUUGGCUCCGCCCCUGCGCUUGGCGGAAUCCCAUACCCAUGGAUUCACGUUUGUCGAUGAGCAAGGUGAUAAUGUGAGUCUGAGCCGGAAAAUGCGGGAGACGGCCUUACUCUUUGAUAUGCUCUCUGAAUCUGGCGAAGUCGACCAUCCGUUGUGCGAGGAAUGCGCUGAUAAUUUACUGGAGUCCAUGGACCAGAAGCUCCGGGUAGCUGAGGAAGAAGCUCAAGAGUACAAGGCGUAUCUCGAGAAGCUCGAGAGCGAGACCGAGGAUGAUAAUCACAUCCAAUCGUUGGAAAAGGAGCUGGAAACGUUGGAGAACAAGGAGAAAACGCUCCGUGAAGAGUUGAAGACGCUAAGUGAGAAAACCACCAAGGCGGAAGGUGAUCUAGAAAGAGAGAUGAAAGCUAAAAAAGUGAUCGUGGAACAGGAGCAAAAAUAUUGGAAGGAAUACUCCAAGUUCAACCGCGAAAUGCUGCUCAACGAAGACGAGAGCAAAACGGUGGAUUGCCGUUUGAAGUACACCGAGAGUCAAUUGGAGAAGCUCAAGCGUCUGAACAUUUACAAUGCCACUUUCGAGAUCUGGUAUACGGACCAUUUCGGGACGAUCAACGGCUUGCGCCUGGGUCGAUCACCCUCCAAGCCGGUGGAUUGGAACGAGAUCAACGGGGCCUGGGGACACACGGCCUUACUCUUGUGGUGCUUGGCCAAGGCCAUUCAAAUGGAGCCCUUCCAACGCUAUCAACUUGUGCCCUUUGGGAAUUUUUCGUAUUUGAAGCAGUUAUCCGACGAAAAAACGUUGCCACUCUAUGGAGCGGGCGGAUUUCGCAUGAUUUUCGACUCCAAGUUUGACCACGCUAUGGUGGCCUUCCUGGAUUGUCUUCAGCAAUUCGGGGACGAGGUCGAGAAAAGAGGCUUCCAUCUGCCUUACGAGAUGGAGCGGGGAAAAAUCAAGGAUAACAACACCAACAAUUGGUACCCAAUCAAGCUCCAAUUCAACUCGGAAGACUCGUGGACCAAGGCGCUAAGGUACAUGUUGACCAAUUUGAAAUGGGGCCUGGCGUUCGUGUGCACGAAGCAGGGGCUCCCCCAAGACUUAUCCAAAAACAACUCGUCCUGAUGAUUAGGCAUAGAGGCAAUUUUUUUAUUACAAUACAUUUCUCAUCCAUGUCA